UGAGAUGUACUUAUCAUAUUCGAAUUAUAGAAAACAUAUUCACUGUACUUUCUGCCGCUUUCCUUGUACAACUUACUAGUAUAUUCAAUUUCUUUCUCUUUCCUGCAGUUCCCCUUUUUCUUCGGUUGUUAAAUUUCCAUUCUCCUUAAAGGUUAUAUCUUUCCUAAGUUUCCACACACAGGCAGUUUUUUUCUUAGCGUGCAUUUCAGGCAAAUAUAUAUUAAUAAUGUUCCUAAAAAGGAGUCUUUUCUUCUUUGAGGAAUCAAUGAAUAGGCUAUUUUUUUCAAUGAAUUUCAAAUAAGGAGUCUUUAAAUGGUUUUCUUGAAUUGGUUUUUCACUUUGAAGUUUAUGUCAUUUUUUUUUCAAUGUCAAUUGCUUAGUAUAUAGAGUGAGAAUCUGCUGUUUUUCUGUUUCUUUUUUUGGUCAUUAGGGAAAAUCCAUAAAAAGGGUUGUCUUCGAGAUUGUUGUUUGUUGUUUUUGGAUUGUGAUACUGUUGUUUUGAGUUUCUUUGUUUGCUCAUUAGCGUAAAUCCAAUAAAGUGUUGUUUGCAAGAUUGUAGUUUGUUGAUUUUGGAUGUGAGUUGUGAGUUUUUUCCUCUAAAAUCUUGUCAUUUUUUCAAUUUCAGUUGGCUAUUUUAUAGAUUUUGUUAGUGUUGUUUUUGAGUUUUAUUUGCUCACUAGGGAAAAUCCACAAAAGGGGUUGUGUGCAAGAUUGUAGUUUGUGAGUUUUCUCUUAAAAUUUGUCUUUUUUGUCAAUAUUAGUUGGUUAGUAUAUAGAGUUUUUCGGUUUUGCUUUUGAGUUUCUUUUUUGCUAAUUGGAGAAAAUCCACAAAAGAGGUUGUGUGCAAGAUUGUAUUUGUUGAUUUGGAUGUGACUUGUGAGUUUUUUUUCUCUCAUAAAAAUGUCAUCUUUUAGUGGUUUAGGUAUUGGUUUGAGUUUUGUUUUUGGAUGUAUCCUCAUGGGACUUGUAGCAGAGUUGUAUUACUUGUUGUGGGUAAGGAAAAGAAUCCCAAAGAAUGAAUCAGAGGAUGAGUACAAUAGCACUUAUGCAACUGAGCUUUCUCAUCUUUUUUGUUGGAAGCAGCCUAAUUGUGUAAACAAUGUUGCAAGCCAACAACUAAACAACACAAUGAGAAAUCAAGAAAUGAAUGGUCAAGAUCAAGACUUGGAGUUGGGGAAUAGCAAGGAUUUGUUGUUAAAAGGUUAUGGUGAAGAUAGUGUUGAGUCUGAGUUAAUGAGGUUGCACAAUCUUUGUGGACCUCCAAGAUUUCUCUUCACUAUUAAGGAAGAAACAAAAGAAGAUUUGGAAUCUGAAGAUGGUAAAUCUAGAGGUGAUAGAAGUAGAACUUGUUCGCGAAACAGAAGUUUUAGUGACCUUAUCCUUACGCCUUUGGCUUCACCGCCCGUUAAGAGUCAGAAUCUUGAUUCUUACAAUUGUCAAGGAUUCAAUCCUCUCUUUGAAUCCUCAACAGAAAAUGAACUCAACAGACUAAGAUCUUCACCCCCUCCAAAAUUCAAGUUCCUCAGGGAUGCUGAGGAGAAACUUUUAAGAAGAUUGAUGGAAUUAGAAGCAGAGAAAAGGGUAAUCAAGAAUGAGGUUUCUUUUCAAGAUUCCGCAAUGAAAACGUCCUGUAAUCCAGCCGAGGAGAAAGGAUCAUUCAUUUCUUUUCAAGAUUCCGCAAUGAAAAUGUCUUGUAAUCCAACAGAAGAGAAAGGGUCAUUCAUUUCAUUUCUUGCAAAGAGCAAAAUGAGGGAGCCUCUUCAACAAUUACAACUCCACCACAACUCUACUUGUGUAAAGGUACUUCCAUUGGCUUCUUCACCUUCAACCUACAAGCCACUUGGUAAUGAAUCUGUUAUGCUCUAGAUUUCUCAUUUCAAGUUUAGAUGGAGAGGUUUAAAUUUCUUUAUUUAUUUAGUUUUAACCUCUUGUAUCUAUUAACCAAAAGUACAUUAAUUACCUCCUCUUGUAUUAACUUUAGUUUUUCAGAUAGAAAUUAGAGAUUUCAUUGUAUGUUCUGUGGA